UCGACGACGGAGCUAUUAGUGACUUAAUGACGAACGCGCUGGCGAGUAACAAAGUCAGCCAAGCAGAAAUUACAGCCAUUACAAUAAGUAUUCCCAACUCGAGAUAAAAGAGAGAGAAGCCGUCCUCAAGGCAACAUUUGAUAGUCACGGUCGUUACAGGAGGAAGUGUUAGAGGAUAUGGCGACUCUGUGGUUGGCGGCUUUCCUGCUGACAUCACUUUUUGCACAGGCACAGACGGACACGUACAGACCUCCACCGAAACGCUACAGAAGCAAGACCAUUGAUGAACUCAUCCUUCAGGCCAGCAAGCCCACAAAAACGUGUCGAGACCUCACGUGUACAAUUCCUGUUCAGCAAUUUCCGUGGACCAACGGACCGACAGAUGAACGCCCUCCCAAAACGGGAAUUCGCGAUGACCUAUACACGGCGGAGCUAGACAUGAACCUCACACCCGAACAGAUGACUCGACUUUACGGAGACAAUCACAUCUCCAAAAGGAAGGCGACAGGGGAUGCCAGACUCCGAUGGACCAAUCACACCAUUCCCUACGAGAUCCACAACGGCUCCUUCGAUUCUGACGAGAUAGCGGAAAUUAAAGACGCCAUGUCUGAAUGGGAGAGGCUGACGUGUGUGACGUUCAAGCCUGCCGUAGACAGUGACGUCAACAGAAUCCUUCUCCAAAAUGGCUACGGGUGCAACUCUGCGGUUGGCAUGAUUGGAGGUAUACAAGUCGUGAACUUACAAAAACCCGGAUGUAGAUUUAGAGGCCUGUACCUGCACGAGACAGGUCACGCUAUAGGCCUCGUGCACGAGCACCAGCUACCGAACCGUGACGACUACAUCAGCAUCCGCUACACCAACGUCGACCCUAGCAUGCGGAUUUGGUUCGACAAGUACAGCAAUGACGCCGUGGACCAGAUGGGAGUCGAGUACGACUACUCCUCCAUUAUGCACUACGGCAAGACGGCAUUUUCUUACAAUGGGAAAGCUCAGACCAUCUUCACGAAAGACAAGAGCAAAGAGCAAGAGAUUGGUCAGGUGGCCUUCAAAUCCUUGUCUUUCUCUGACGUCAAGACGGUCAGUCUCAUGUAUGGAUGCAGUAAACACUGUCCAAGUCUGCCUCCUUGCGAAAAUCCAUGUUUUGUGGACAAGCAUUGCAAAUGUUUUUGCAAGAAGGACAUGCCCGAGCGACCAUGUUUGAAUGAGGACAGCGACAAGCAGUGUGACGAGUGGGCUUCACGAGGGGAAUGUGAGGGCAACAGCGAGUACAUGCACAUCAGCUGCCGCAAGUCCUGCAAACUUUGUCAAAGCACCUCAGGUGUCGUAGGUUUUGUGGUGUCAGAAGGAUCAUGUGAAAAUGCAUACGAUGAGAAGAAAUGUACCGACUGGGCUGCCACUGGUGAAUGCCAGAAAAACUCGAUGUGGAUGAGAAGCAACUGCAGGAAAGCCUGUGAUGCUUGUAAGCCGGGCAACGUGUCUGAACAGGUGAAAGGCGAGAACGAAACCAUCUGCAUCAACCAGUAUGGCGACGGGCCAUGCCAGGACUGGGCGGACAAGGGAGAAUGUCAAGCCAACCCCAGCUUCAUGCUCACGGAAUGCCGCAAGGCCUGCGGUCGCUGCCUGAAUAACGAUGGUGAUGAUGAUGCCCCCGACAACGUGACCAAGACCAUCGUCAGUACUGCAGCGUGUAAAGACAAUGAGUCUGCAUGCAAGUCUUGGGCCAAGUACUGUUCAAGCAACACCUACGUCAUUAAAAAUUGCCCCAAAACCUGUAACCGCUGUGAUAAGCUGAGCCUGUAGGAUCGUGGAUGUACAGCCAGAACAGAAGAUAAACAAUUUGAAAGGCAAGUCAACAGAAUGGGUUCUGCCAUUCGAAAAACUAGGAAGACAUUGGAAGACAUCUGGUGGGAAGGGAAGUGGAGCCCCCCAGAGAUUAUGAAAAAUGUCAUUUUAAGCUGGCUAUUAAUGAUGAUGAUGAUUGAUGAUGAUUGAUUGAUUGGAUGACUGGAUGAUUGAUUGAGUGAUUGAUUAUUAUUAAAUUCCCAAUCAUGUGCUCAGACAAUACAGACCUAAUCCUGUAGAAACUUUUACUCUCUAUCCCUCUUGCCUACAGAUGCUGUAUUACCAGGCCCACUGCUAAUGAUUAUACAGCCUAGUGCAACUGUCAAAAGUAGAUCAUCAAAUAUUGUGACUAUGUGUGAACG